AUGCGUUUGGUUUUACCUCAGCAGGUUCAUGGGUAUCGUGUUGUACGACGAUGUUAUUUAGCAGACGGGCCUGCAGAUGGUCUUUGGGAUUAUGGUUCAACAGCAAGGCUUGGUAUUCGAACUGCAGAUUGUAUUCCAGUUUUGUUAGCGACUUCUACAGGCUAUGUCGCAGCGAUUCAUGCUGGCUGGCGUGGUGUUGUUGCUUGUAUUGUGGAGCGUUUUUUGCAACGUCAAUUACGUUUUGGUCGAGAGCCGAAACAAUGGACAGUUGCCUUAGGUCCUGCUGCUGGGGGGUGCUGUUAUCAGGUUGGGCCAGAGGUCUGUGAAGCUCUUGGCUUAAUAGCAGAGGAGAGAUAUCUUGAUCUAAGGUUAUUAUUAGCAGAACGUUUGCAACAGCUAGGUGUCGGUAUUAUAGAUUUUGUUGGUCCUUGUACUAUUUGUAGCAAAGAUGGUUGGGCAAGUUACCGCCGUGAAGGGAAGCAAGCUGGCCGUAACCUUGCUUGGAUUGGUGUUCCUUAA